ACAAUUCAUCGCAAGAAGAGUGACGUAUGAACGGCCGAAGAAACGAAAACGAAAGAAAAGCCUUUCUGUGCCGUUGUUAUCUUCUAAUAAUUCUGAAGAAUGGCGACAAACGGCCAGGCUAAUGGGCUUAAAUCAAAAAAGAAAGAUAACAACGACGUAAAGGAUAAUUUAUGGUCUUCAAUCCUAGAGGAAGUUCAGAAUCAAGGAAACACAAAACUACCUUCAAAUAAAAAUGUUCUAGUUUUGGGUGACAAUGAGACUGGAAAGACAACUUUAGUAGCAAAAUUACAAGGUGUAGAAGAUCCUAAAAAAGGAUCAGCCCUCGAAUAUGCAUAUAUAGACGUUAGAGAUGAAUACAGAGAUGACCACACACGGCUCAGUGUAUGGGUACUGGAUGGUGAUCCAGGUCACACAAACCUUCUUAAGUUUGCCUUAAAUGAGGAGACAUUCCCGCACACACUAGUUGUACUCACAGUGGCUAUGACCACUCCAUGGGGUAUAUUAGACCAGCUACAAAGCUGGGCAUCUGUGCUCGGCGACCAUAUAGACAAAUUGGAUCUCACUCCAGAAGAUAGAUUAAACAGUAAAAAGCAGCAAGUGCAGAAGUGGCAGAGGUAUACAGAGCCCGGUGACGAGCUAGAAGCUAACGCGUCUUCCCCUAUGAAGCGGUCAUCGAGGAACCUCUCUGAUGACUUGGAGAACGGCGAUGACGACGACUGCCCACUGCCUGAGGCCGUACUCACCACCAAUCUGGGCUUGGACAUUGUCGUUGUAGUCACCAAGACUGACUACAUGAGCACAUUAGAGAAGGAGCACGACUAUCGCGACGAGCACUUUGACUUCAUGCAGCAGUGGAUCAGGCGGUUCUGUCUGCAGUACGGCGCGGCGUUAUUCUACACCAGCGCGAAGGAAGACAAGAACUGUGACUUACUAUACAAGUACCUCACUCACCGGAUAUACGGGUUGCCGUUCCGGACGCCGGCGCUUAUCGUGGAGAAAGACGCUGUGCUCAUACCCGCUGGCUGGGAUAGUAUGAAAAAAAUUAGCAUAUUAUAUGAAAACAUGCAGUCGUGUAAACCCGACGACUAUUACAGAGAUGUUAUUGUGCAGCCUGCUAUACGAAAAAGCGGCACUAGUCGUGAAGCCGAAGUCCAAGCGGAGGACGAGCAAGCGUUCCUGCAGCGGCAACUGGCCGCGCUGCAGGCCGGCACGCCCGCGCCGCCCAGGGCCGACUCGCCGCUGCGGGCCACGCAUCGGGCCGCACAAUUGGACGGCGCAAAGAUAGGCAUGGGCCCCGGCACGCCGGGCAACGAGGGCGUGCUCGCGAACUUCUUCAACUCGCUCCUGUACAAGAAGACGGGCGGCGCGGGGCGGGGCGCGGACCCCCCCUCCCCCGCCGCCGCCGCCGCGCGCUCCGACGCCGCCGCCGAGCUGGACCGCCUCACGCGCGCCAAGCCCCGCCUCGACCUCAGCUCCUCCUCCGACUGCUAGCGGUAAAGUAUUAGUGUGGGCGCCCGAGUCGCCGGUUGCACGCAGUAGCGCCGCAUUCACGCCGCAGCCGUCGGACGGCGGCGUCGUGCACGCGAUCCUACGUCCGAUCCUACACGUCGUACACACGCGGUCCGCGUCACGUAACUAUAUAUACAGCACGGAACUGCCUCACCGCCCCAGCGUUAUACACACCCGGACUGUUCCAAUGGCAAUUCUCUAAAUAUUACCAUCCUUAUAGGCCGAGGCACGAAUCAUUAACACUAAAGGAGCAUUGAUUAAUUUACCUAGCUUUCACUGAAAAUUAUCUUAUGAAACAUAUUAUUGGUAAUAUCACUUUUUAUCGUCAAAAAAGCGACAAAAAAUAUCAUUGAUACAGCUAUAUUUUAUGCGUGGAUACGUCUAUGUAUGAAUGGAUAUAUGAGUAAUUG